AUGCCAGAACAAUACUUUGACCCUGUCGGCCUCACAGAGCCCAACACCACACCCUACACCCUCACCGUCUAUAAUCCUCCACGCACAUCAUCGCGAUGGCUUCCAUCAUUUCUGAGGAGCCGAUCUAUUACCAGUGAAAAGUCUAGCUCAGCAUACAUGACGCUCCUCGACGAGACCGACCCCAAUCCUGACUGCUCUAAGCCGGAACACCUUCGCGACCUACCCACAAAAACUAUCACUAUUAAGGCCUUCUUGUUUGCACCAGAGUUGCGUUGCAUGCACCUGCAACAGGGCGCUACCGUGUGCAACCAAGGCUGCUACUUCCGCGAGAGGGGCGGCGAUGAAAGCACUCGAUGGCGAUGUGAGCGGGCCGACUGUGAGGGGCAUAUGUAUUGUGGGCUUGUUCUGAAGGAUGAUAAUGGUAAGGCUUGUUUUGGAGAGAAGGCGCCUAUCUACGAGAAGAAUACAGCGGCAGCUGCACCCAUUCCCGCCAAUGCAGAUACCAUGGUCACCAUGGGUGCAGCAGCCCCAGACAAGGCUAUGCCCGGCAGGGAAGCAGACGAACUACCAUCCCGAUGCGGGUCUUGCGCAGCCAGAUGA